CCGGUCUAGUACCGUUAUUCCAGUUGACCCGUUGACAGAAUUAAGUAUAAUGAUUGCGAUCCUCAACAAAUGGUCUUAUGAAUUUUGUCUCUCAUAAAUAAAAAAAUGGACAUUUCGAAUGCACAAAAUUGCUUAAAAUUCUCUUUCAUGAGUCUGCGGACGACUGGAGAAACUCUUUGGUGAACUGCUGGUGCUGAGUGUGAUAGUAUAGUCGUAUUGUUUACACUUAUGAGACUUGUUCCUCGAUUCAGUUGACUGUUCACAUUUUUUAAAAUUUUAUGUGCAACAAUUGUGCGAUAAAUCUGCAAAGAUUGCGUCCCUUCACCUGCAUGUCAUUUUAUUGGAAAGCCAGGAGACGCUGCUGUGGCCAAGCUUUUAUAAGCGGACUUGCAGGUCACCAUGGGCAAGUUCCUCAGUAAAAUUUUUGGUAAUAAGGAAAUCCGUAUUCUUAUGUUGGGCCUUGAUGCUGCUGGCAAGACAACUAUUCUCUACAAGCUGAAGCUGGGGCAUUCUGUUACAACAAUCCCAACUGUUGGCUUCAAUGUUGAAACGGUUGCAUACAAAAAUGUCAAAUUCAAUGUGUGGGAUGUUGGUGGUCAAGACAAGAUCAGGCCGUUGUGGCGUCACUACUACACAGGCACACAGGGGCUCAUAUUUGUGGUGGACUGCGCCGAUCGUGACCGUCUGGAUGAAGCGAGGCAGGAGAUGCACCGCAUCAUCAAUGACAGAGAGAUGAGGGAUGCUAUCAUCUUGGUGUAUGCUAACAAACAGGAUCUUCCUGAUGCAAUGAAGCCGCACGAGAUACAAGAGAAGCUUGGACUGACUCGCGUGCGGGACCGUAACUGGUACGUGCAGCCCUGCUGCGCCACCACAGGCGAUGGCCUCUAUGAGGGCCUCACGUGGCUCACUGCCAACAACAAACCAUGAGACUUCCUGUCAUACCAUGAGACCUCCUGUCAUCUGCCAGUGAUGAUGCUAUGCAAAACAUUCACUCAUAGAAAACUAAUAGUGAUAGUUGUGCACGUGUGUUCACAAAGUGAAGAUGCAAUGCAAAAUAUCCACUGACAGAAAAUUAAUCCUGAUUUUUGUGCCCAGGUGUUAACAAAGUGAGGAUGCGAUGCAACAUAACCAUUUAUAGAAUACAGACUUCAGAAUAGCAUGCCCCAUGAUGUGGCACAGAGCUCCGCAAGUGAUGCUGAUGUGCAAAGUAUCAAAUCCAAAGUAUCAACAAACCUCAGAGCGACGUCCAUUAUAGGAAGUGUGCAAAUCCUAACUUCCAUGUUGAGGAUUUAGGAUUUUCCUAGUGCAUAAAUUUAAGUUUGUUAUGCCCGUCAUGCAAGAAAGGGAAUGGUGUGUGACUUGGUAGUUUGGUCCCGUAUGUAGCAAUAUUAAUAAGCUUUACGAAUGCGAAAUAUUGCUAGACACGAUCUUCUGCAAACUAAGCUGUUGUCACAUCGAUUGUUUAACACUGACAAAUUAUGGUAUUACUAUUGACUUUUCAGUGAUGUGUAUAUCUCAUUUCCUCCUUAACAGCAAAUGAUUGAGAUUUUGUGAAUUCAUUGAAUUCACACAUUUAUUCUUGCUUGCUAUUAUUGCUAUGCCAUUGAGUGUCACAAAUAAGAGGACACGUCUUGCCCCAAUCCUCGGUAUUUUGAUGUGGGUUUGUAAUUUUGGGUUUGUAUUACCUAAAUUUGAAGAGUCGGCAUUCAGCUCAUGAAUCAAGUUCAAUUAACUGCUGCAUCUGUGAAAGUAUGCGGCUGAGUUGCCUGCUUGUAGAUAUGGAAUCCUCAACGUUGAAACUUCUGAGUUUGUUUUCAAGUUGAAUGGCAAAUGACGUGGAGCCUGUCUUUGUUUCACGAACCAAUGAAUUUUGAGCACAUUUACUGAGAAACUCCUAAUUUUGUUACUUGUUGUAACCUUUCUGAAAAUUGCAACUAUUGAUCGUUAAAUUUCUGUAUUGUAUAAUUUGAAUGUUGGUGUUGGAACUUAUGUUGCUGUCUUCUUUACAUAGAUUUUUUUUUUGUAACUCUUUCACUUUUGCACGAUUAGUGAUGCUUUUGUAUGCUCUAAUUUCAAAUUUUCUAUCUUCUGUUUCUUUUCAUAAAUUAUUUUUCUUGCUAGACUUAAUGAUUUUAUUUAAUUAGUGUGCUCACGAUUUUGUUAGUUUUACCGGUACUUGUUUCUAUUCAUUUGGGGCUUGCAGCUAAUUUUGGCCUCUUGGCAAACUCAAUUCAAUUUGUCUCUAUUAUUCACGUGGGUAAAAGAAAAAAUCUGAUACUCUUCUAUUUCUACUCCCAUGUUCAUUAUUUAUUUUGCAAUAAGGUAAGGUCAUCUUCAAAUGCUCCCCUCACAGACAAGAACUACCAUAGAAUUACUACAUCAGAAUUUCCGAAUUCUUUCUUGAUUACGUUACCGUUACAGCCAGCCUAUGGUUGGAUGUCUUGCAUCCAUCUCCCACUUCAGGGUUGGUCAGAAUGCGUUGCUCCAUUCUAGGCUCAGUUAUUGUGACGCCUCAGGUAAACGAAUUUUUGUAAAGUUCACUAUGCGAGCGGUAGUAUCAUUAGUCUUGUACAUACAAAGAAAUGCUUAUAAUCUUGAUUACUUUCUUCAUAAAUGGUGAUUAGAACCGUUACCUUAAUUUUCAUGUUGACUGCCAACGUAUCUUAUAUUCCUAAGGAAAAAAUAGGUAAUUUUCGUUGCUUCAAAAUUAUUUAAUACACUAAUGACUCUCCGUCCAUUUGAGGACGCCAAUAUUUUCAUGAUUUUAAUCUAUCUCUGUUGCAUCACGUGUGCACACUGACUUCAAGUACUUCUACGUUCGUUUUUACAAACAUUUCUUUUUUAAAUUAUGAAAUUGUCACGCUAUUGCAUUGUUUGUGAUCGAGAGUAACUGCAAUGAAAUUUUUCACUAGGUACGUACUUUUUACAUUACCAUCGCUCUCUCGACGUGUCUGGAGAGUUAAAAGCGAUGCUAAAAAAUAUUAUUAUUGCUAUUAUUAUUGUGAAAAUUUUUCUGGAUUGACUACAAUCUUCUUCAGGCAGUGACCAUUUUUUUUUCUUCUUGACCUACCUCCGACUCAUUAAUUUGUUGUUAUUCAGACUUGAAUUCUCUUCACAAUGUUGCGUAUGAUCUAUAAAUAUUGAAGUUGUUCACUGUCAUUUUUUAUUAACAGUAAAAUAUGUUCUCUGAUCGCUGUGCUAAACUCAUUGUUGCACUACUGAGUAUUCCAUGUAAAAUUGCCCAUACUGCCCUAGAAGGACCAAACAAAAUUAAUUGUUAUUUCAUUUCUACAUGAACAUUUUUUUGACAAUGUAAUAGAAUAGCUCAUGCUCGGGCCAUAAUAAAUGCAUUCGAUGUCAGUCGAGACACCAAGCGCUGCUCCAAACCCCUAGAUUUUUUCCACGAAAUGUUGUCCUCGUGAAUGUAGCAGAACCAAUCCGUGAGCUGCUUUGUAGUGCGCGGGAUUUGGGUGGUACUUAUUUGUUAACUUGAAUUCACUGUUCACUUAAGAUUGGACUCUUAAGAUUCGUCUAAAUAAUGGCCAGCGUUGCUAGAUCGCCUUCAUACUGAGCACAAUGAUGAAAUUACCUACCCUUCAAUCAUUCGGUAUUAGAAACUUUGAGUGUGCUCUCUGAUAAUGAGUUUUUGAGAAUGAAUUAAUUUAUUUACAUUAGAGUUAAUGCUUCUGAAAACUAAUGCUUCUUGCCUUUUUUGUACGGUGCUCCGAGAACAUAAAACCCAUUAAUGCGUGCGCCGCCUUGGCAAAUUCGGUGUAACGUAUCGCAUGCUCUCCUCGCUAAGACAAUUCUCUAUAACUUGUGAGUUGUGACCACCUUCAACUUCUCAUGCCUAACCUUUAGUUCCAUACUAAAUUAUUUUGUCCACUCACGACUCUAUCUCAACACGAGAUAUUUGGCCUAUUAAAUGGUACAGACCACUCAUGAUGAAUAACACUUUCAGCUAGACACCGUCAUUCAUCUUUCUAUAGACCCGUAAAUAUUACCAGCAUUAAUGAUAAUAUCUAAGUUUACUGCACUUCGAAAACUUCUCAAUGACACAUUUCCUGCUGCGAUGUAUUUGGGAGGGACGUUCGUUUGGAUUGAUUAGAUGUGGUGUAAUGUCUAUCUGCUUCAGCUGGUUGUUGCGGACCUGAAUACAUUCGUAACUUUCUACUCCUGUAAAUAUUGUGCUCGAAAAUGCGUCACAUACUCACUCCUCCCCUACCGGUCGUGGAAGUUGUUCGUUUCUUUAUAUAACAGUGUCUACUUUUUACACGGUUUCUGUUGUUUUUCACGGUUUCCUUUUUAUAAUACGACUGAAUAAAUGAACCUGAAAAGUUAAAUUUUCGCCAGAUUGUGCGGGUUUAUGAUUGGCUUUUCCCUCAUAAAUUUUGACAGCCAUGUUACGAAUAUGCACGCAUUUCUGUUAUUGAUACAUCUUUCGUGCUUGGUUGCGAAGACUUUCACAUCUUUUAGUUAAACGUAAGUCGGUCCUUUGUCUGUUCUCCAAGCCCUGGCGAGUAUGACCAAAGAAUCGGGUUUCUUCAGGUGACUGAAAUUCCAAAAAAACAAUUUAUCUCCCAAUUUUUGUCCUGCAAUGUCACAAAGGAAAACACUUGUCCAAAGCUGUCACCAACUACGGUCACAAUUAACUCUUGACAGCGUUCAUAAUAAUAACUGUAUUACGUAUAGAUCGUUUCUAAGAUUUCUUACAUCAGUCCAUAAUAUCUUAGCAUUAACAUGCAGUAUCGUAAACGAAGUAGUUGCUAUUUGAAAUUAAUCGCUGUUAAAUUAUGCCGUCAUUUGAAACGCUCGAUGCAGAGGUUGCCUAACCGCGUGACUCAAACUCGUGAUGUCCUUAGAAGUAAUACCUGUAUGAUGGUUGUGUGUGUACGAGGGCCUUGAUGAGGCUGGCUCCUGCAAGCAUUGAGUGAGUAGCCAGCUGUAUAUGUAAUUGCUUUUUCAUCGGGCAAGUGAUCAGGCUAGAUAACUUUACAUUGAUCAAAGAAACGCCGCUUUUGAUUCAAUCAGAUAUCCUGGGUCUUAAAUUUGAACAUUGCGCGAAAUUGCAUAGGAAUACGUAAAUACUCGGUUUUCUUAGUGUCGGUUAGAAAGAUUUUUUUUUUACAUGAGCGCAUGUUUCUUCACUAAUACAUUGUGUUUAUUAACGUGUACGGCAUGUUUCUCGACCUACGUGCUUCGGUAAGAGAUGAGAUCGUUUGUGACACAAACGCUGUUACGUGUCUUUGAUUGAUGAAGGCAGUGUUUAAACUGCCCCAAAGUCUGCGAGUUUUGCGACGUCCAUUGUGUCUUGCUUUAGAAUAAGUGACUCAUGUGAAUUAAUUGCUCGUCAGAUUUGCACCUAGUGUUGCCUAAAUAUUUCGUAGGAAUCCGUUGUUAUUUUGUGACUACUCUCCUCCAUCUUGAAUAAUCAGCAUAUUCAUUAUUGGCUUCGUUGUUACUCCUAAUGUGCUCGAAGUUUACGUUGAGGGUAAUGUUGCUAAAAUUUAGGUUGGAAAACAGCAUGCAAACUGCCUAUGGACCCUAAGUUUUUUUUUUGUGUAGGCGAAUAUUUUAAAACAAUGUGGGAAACAAUAGUCGGGUAUUGAUGUUCUUCGAAAGUAAGUCAAUUGAAUUUAUACCCUUGAAUUGCAAACAAUCGUGGAACAGUCGUUCUGUACCGUACGUUUUUCGAUGCUAAGAAUGAACGAGUCCUGUUUAAACUUGCUUACGUACACUUUGUCAGACGCUCAAGAGAGGGAAGGAAAUCGUAUACAUCGUGCGAUAUGGAAUGCUCUGGUUGCACUACAAUAGCCACGUGCAAUUUUGUAUUUAAUCCUGAAGUCGAAUGAAAUAUUUUAGAAAUGUUCAUACCUCUUUACUAGCUUUGGAUUGGAAAAUGGCUCCAGGGUCUUAUGCGAGCUAUGGAAGAAAAUUUUCGGAUUGGGAUGCUUUCAAAUUUUAAACGCAUUCAGAAAUUCUUGCGUUUUCAGAAACGUUUGAAAUUCAAUAAAUUUGUAUCUUAUUAUUAUUGUAUAUUCUAGAAACCAGAAGUUGAGGGUUCUGUGUAAGUUUGCAAUACUGCUUUUUAUUGUUAGGCUUACACUCUCGAGUAUUCAAAGUUUCACUUGCUAUCUGUAUGGUGUGCUUUAGUGAAGUCCUAUGUUAAUUAUUCAAACAUCUUUUCAUUUAACUGUCUUAGGACUGGCCUACAAAUUUAGGACUCUGAUCUGAAAUCUACAUUUGCUAUCUUGCUUAAAUUUCUCGCUCGAGUGAACACAUUCUCUUCUCGCAGGCUGAUCUAGAUGCCUCUACUCGAAACCUACUCUCCGGCCUUUCGGGCUUUUUUAUGAUCUCGCGAUUUAUCAUGAAAGUUAUCUAAUUAUCGCCCCGCUAAGAAGCCUUCUGACGCGCGUCUCUGAUCGCCAGAAAAAGCCUUUUAGGUUUCCUCGUUCCCAGCGACCUUGCUUGUGAGCGCCCCACCUUAGAGCUCGCGAUGUCUACAUGCGUGUCUCAGUCGCGGUUCAUGUUAUUAUGUAGGAAGGAUACCAGGCCCUACUCUUCCCUGUCUUCUUUCUGGCAGUCAGCGUUUCGUUCAUGCAAGCUAGUGUUCUAUUACUGGCGCUGUUAUCCCUCCAUCUUUCUUUAAUAACAACGUUGCAUCUCUCUCACCAAGCUCCGGCAGGCUGGCUAUUUGAGGCCUUUUGCCACUCGUAGGUAACGAAUAAUUUUGGAAUCGUGGAAUUGGUGGCGACGACGGUGGUAAAAAAUUGAUUGAAGUCAUAUAUAGGUGGUGAAUAAAUGGCCGUUGCCGAUGCGAAAUGCGGCUUCAUGGCUGAAGCACGAGAAAAUGUUCCCUAGACCAAUAUGCUCCGAAGAAGGUCAUUUGCUACACCUAAUACUUCGAGAAUGUAUCAGGAAUUUGGUCCGUUUACUAAUGGCACACUGAAAGAUCAUUAAAAAUUUAUUUGUGCAAAUUCAACCCCAGAUUCUGUGUUCACGUUUUCCGUACAUCGUUCAGAAGUAAUUCACUAAUAAUAAUUUUGAACGUAAAUCAAGUAGAAAGCCAUCGUUUGGGCAUUAAAAUGUUAUUUUUUUAGCUCUUGUGCGUCACGUGGUAUGAAACCUUCACAGUAUUUCACCUUAAAUCUUUCAGUUUUUUACAAUCUUUUACUCUAAACAACUCCACUUCUGGGAUCAUUGGACGCAAAAGCUAAGCGUACUAUAUAAGUUUGAAAUUAAUUUCUGACUAACAUCAUAGAAUUCAGGCCAUUUUUCCGUUACGGCUUCUGUGAUUACCGUUUCUUUCUACGUAGUAGGACUUACUCGUUUAGAGGUAACUUCUACUUGUGACUUGUUGUAAAAUUUAUCAGCAAAUAUUAUUUUAUAACCCAUUCCUGACCUUGGCUUGUAAUAUUGAACUUUAUUCUAUUACCACAUAAUUUAGUUAUUUAACGACAGAUUUUAUUCGUUUAUUUUUACUUAUUUGCUGUUCUUGCGAAGACUCGUUGUGCUCUGAAUGUUGUUUGUGGCGACUGGUUUAUAUUCCAUAGAACUGUGAUGUCUGCCUUUGGAUGUUUCUUCAGUUUGUGGUUCUUGUGUAAAUUAUCGUGCAAGAGUAUAUAACUGAUGCUGUAAAUAUACGUCAUUCAUCUUC